CAAUCGAAGCGGCAACGUCGACAUCCGGCAACGUUGUCGCGCGCAGCGCAGAAGGCCGAUGGAACCGAUCCGAUCGGCAACUGGUAAGUAAUUUUCACGGGUUUUUCUCAACGGCAAGCGGACAUUUUUGCGAAUUGAGCGUCGCAAUUUCGUUUUCGACGGGUUCCGGGAUCGAAAAAUCGGACCGUUCGCGUCACAACGACGGAGAAACUCGAAAUUUUACGGGGAGCCAUCUAACAUGGCCGCCGCUAUUUGUGCGCGGGCUGCGAGCAACAGUUGAUCGGUCCGGAAAACCGCCCCGGUACAAGGUUAGAGUGUCGACAACCCCGUUAAAUUUAAGUGCAGUGUGCGUUUUGGUACCUGUGGAAAGCCGGACGUUUCGUUAAUGGCGAAUAUUUGAAUUGGAAAUUCGUUGCAGCGAGCGAAGACGCCAAAGAGCUCGGCAGUGUUUCGAUUUCCACCGGUGGAUUUUCUGAGGCGCAAGAGUGUGCGUGCAGCUUUCACCGAAAAGUGUCAGUAAUGUGAAACUGCGGAAGCGUGCAGAAGCGAUGACGGCCUCGCUCGGCCACGCCGGCCGGACCGCCGCCGCCGCCGCCGCCGCCGCAACGUGCCGCUAAGCCCAUCAGGGCCUGGCAUGGAUCAUCAGCAUGGAGGUCCCGAAGCGAAGCCGCCGCGCGGCGCCCACCGUCCGCAGGCGCCGGUCAUGAGCGCCCCCGCACCGCUGACCGCGCCCCUCGCCCCGUUGCUGCGACCGCUAACCGUGGUCGCCGCCUCCGCCCCCGUCGUGUCGUUGACGGCCCCGCGGCCAGAGAAUGAGCGCUCCGGCAACGAGUACGUGGAGGCCCCGUUCCGGACGCCGAUCGCUCCGCCCCCGCCUCCGCCGCCGCCGCCGAGACCGCAUCACCGGCCGCCGGCGCCGCCCGCCGUCGUCAAACACCAGCCGACCCUCAGUUUCGGUAAAGCGUCGAACGGGGGCGGCGGCGAGUGCGCCGCCCGCCCCUCAAUCAUGUGCCCCGAGUGCGGACGUUGUCGUUGCGAGUCGUGUCAGCAGCCGCGGCCGCUGCCCCAGCGGUGGGUGUGCAACGGCGGUUGCCUCCUAUCCGCCGACACGGUCGUCGAUUACGCGUCAUGUUUGUGCUGUGUCAAGGGAUUGUUUUACCAUUGUUCGGACGCGGACGGACAGGACGGGGGCUGCGCGGACGCGCCCUGCGGCUGCGCACCGGACCGACGCGUCGCUCGCUGGGGUUGUCUGGCCGCACUGGCUUGCGUCCUGCCUUGUCUGUGGCUCUACUGGCCGCUGCGCGGCGGGAAACGCGCGGUCGAACUGUGUUACGCGCGACAUUCGCGGCAGGGCUGCCGGUGUCGGCAGCCGCCCCACGCCUCAGCCGCCGCAGCCGCCUCGCGGCGCCCGCCCAACAAGCGGUUGCUGGACGCUGACUUUUAGGGCCGCCGCGCCCUCUUAAUUUAUUAUUCUGUGUACAUAAUAUUCAUGAUAAUGUUGUAGCGGUCGGCCGUGCCUGUAGCUAUCCUUGAAAAGCGCUAAACCUUGUAUUCCCCAAAAAUUACUCUAGAAAUGAAACAGACAGAAAGGAUUCUACGUUUCCAAAUUUCUCAACAGCAUUUACCCCAAUGAACGUCGGUAAUUUUAUCCCCCCCCCCUUAUAUUUAGAUUUUGAUGAUCACUUGACAAAAAAAAAACACGUGUACUGUUUUACUACAUCAUUUUUAAUUGAAUUACAACGGAGAAUAAUAAUCCAAUUAGUAGUGUCACUAUGACAUUUCAUUAUCAUACUUUCGAAAAUCCCUAGUAUUUAGUAUCAACCCUAAUCAAAUGAAUACACGAAAAGCUAUUAAAUUUCAAACACACUCCCAAGUUAAGAACUCAGACAAGACAUUAUCAGACCUAAUGAAAGAAAUUUUUAAAAGAAUAAAAUAAUUUACAUGAAUUUAGCAAAUAUAGCAAUAUACCCAGAUUUAAAAAACGAAGUAAAAAAUGUUAAAACUGGUGACCUACAGUUUAUAUAUAUAUAUAUAUAUAUAUAUAUAUAUAU